AAGCCUUUGAAAUUGUAGUACGGCAUGCAAGAAACCUCACCAACAGCAUGUUUAGGACCCACUACCAGAGCCUGGGGCCCAGAGCUCUUAAGUUUGUUGGAGAACUUUUUACUGAUGUCUCGCUGUACAUAUUGGGCUCUGAUAUCAGUGUUAAUGACAUGGUAAAUGAAUUUUUUGACAGUUUAUUCCCUUUGGUUUACUCUCACUUGAUGAAUCCUGGCUUCCCUGAUCCCUCUGUGGAAAUGACUGAAUGCCUGCGGGCAGCCAGGAGAGACCUCAAAGUCUUUGGUAACUACCCGAAGAUGAUGAUGACGCAGGUGUCCAAGUCACUGCAGGCUACACGAGUCUUUCUGCAGGCGCUCAACCUGGGGAUCGAGGUGAUAAACACUACUGACCACUUAAAAUUCAGCAAGGACUGUGGACGUGCGCUGCUAAAGAUGUGGUACUGCUCGCACUGCCAGGGGCGCCUCCUGGCUAAAGCCUGUGCCAGCUACUGCAGUGUGGUGAUGCAAGGAUGCUUGGCGGGUGUUGUAGAGAUUGAUAACCACUGGCGAGAGUACAUUGGGUCUCUGGAGGGGCUGAUGAAAGGCAUGCAUGGCACCUAUGACAUGGAGCAUGUCCUCCUGAACCUCUUCUCCUUGGUGCGGGAUGCGAUUGUCUAUGUGCAGAAGAACGAAGGAAAGCUCUCAACAACAAUCAGCCGGUUAUGUGGCCACACUCAGCAGAGGCAGUAUCGAUCAGCUAGUUACCCUGAAGACCUUUUCAUUGACAAGAAAGUCCUGAAAGCGACUCUCAUCGAACAAGAAGAAACUUUGUCGAGCAGGAGGAGGGAGCUCAUUACGAAGCUGAAGUCCCACAGCAGUUUUUACAGCAGCUUGCCAGAGUACAUCUGCAACCACAGCUCUGCUGUUCAGAAUGACACUCUUUGCUGGAAUGGACAAGAAGUCGUGGAGAGGUACAGUCCCCAAAUCACAAGGAAUGGAGCAAAAGGUCAGCCUGGCAACCAUGAGGUGAAGAUGAAAGGUCCUGAGCCAGUGAUCAGCCAGAUUAUUGACAAGCUGAAACAUAUCAACCAGCUGCUCAAAGGGAUGGCUUUGCCCCACCGAAAAGCUCCAGGCAAAACUGCAGAGGAGGAGGAGGAGAGUGGAGACUGCGAUGAUGAAGAUGACUGUAGCAGAGGCUCUGGGGAUGGAGAGCUGCGAGUGAGGAACCAGCUCCGGUUCUUAGCAGAGCUGGCCUACGACCUGGAUAUGGAUGACACCUCUGCAAACAAGCAGCUCCUGAAUCAGCAAAGCAAAGAUGGCACCACGGUCCCCGGCAGCGAUCCCAGGAGCGUGGCCCCCCGCCCUGGCCCUGCUGCUGCCGUUACCCUGGCUCUGUCACUGCUGCUAGGCCACCGGCUGUGA